UUCUUUUUCUUUGAAAGACAUCAAAGAUGAGGAAUGUUCAGAAAUUGCUCUUCAUCUUCACUUUGUGUUUGGCUCUGAGCUGCAUGGGCAGUGCUGAAGGUUUGAUCAGGGUGUUUGGAUAUGAGGGGAGAGAUGUGAAGGUCCCCUGCCCAUACAAUCCGGGUUAUGAGAGUUAUGAGAAGUACCUGUGCAAGGACAACUGUGAUUACCCUGAUAUUCUUAUCACAACAACAGAAAAAAACAAAACCAGGUUCUUCAUCUAUGAUGACAAAAGCACAAGAAUCUUCACAACGACAAUUUCUAACCUUCAAUCUACUGAUGCUCGGGGCUAUUGGUGUGGAGUAAGCCGGAAUGGAAAAGAUAUCUACACUGAGGUGAAGCUAGAAACAAGAAAAGACAGCUGCUGUAACACGGUGAAUACGAUCCAACACAUUGAGGGGGGUUCAGCAGCCAUCACCUGUCCUUAUGACUCUGAGUCUGUCAGAAAGCUGAAGUACAUCUGCAGAGGAAACCAGCCCUCCAAGUGUCUACAUCAGGCAAUGAUCACCUCUAACAGCCCACAAAAAGGACGAUUCAAACUCGUUGAUGACGGACAGUCAAGAAAAUUCACAGUAACGAUUUCCGAUCUGAACCUGAACGACUCAGGGUCUUAUCUUUGUGGAGUUCAGAGUAAUUCAGGACUGGAUGUUUUCUCUGCCACUGUACUGAAAGUAAAGGAAUGGUGCUGCGUAAAGUAUGAAACCGUUAGAGGGACUGUCGGAUUAUCAGUAACCUUGCAAUGUCCCUAUCAGCCUGAUCAAAGGAAUAACAGGAAGUUCCUCUGCAAAGGAAGCGAUCGAAGCAGCUGUAAAGACAUGAUCAUGGGUCAAAGUAGAUUCCGAGUGCUCAAUGUUUCAUCUCACUCUUUCUGGGUUACAAUCAAUAAACUGGAAGAAGGAGAUUCUGGUACAUACUGGUGUCGGUCAGACCUAGAUUGGAACAUUGGAAAGUACACCCAGUUUCAUCUGUCUGUAGAAAAAGAAGAACAAGAUGCAGGCAAAAAGAAGAACUUAAAAGAGCCAAGACAACCAGCCACAUUAGCAUAUCCACACAAGAGCAGUACAGUGAAACCCAUCAAUACAGCUACACCAGCUGCCUCUAACGACCUCAUUAAAGGGCUUCCAGAUGUUGCUCUUUUUUCACUUUCAGCAGUACUUCCUGUGCUGCUGCUGCUGCUUCUCAAAAUAAUCCUGGUCCAUGUUUUCAAGAACAAAUGUAACAAAGUUAAAGAUACCGAAAUCAUUGCAAACUGUUACAAGCUCGACUUUGCAGAUGCACCGGAUGUGUGGGGUGGAGAAGAUGUGUAUCAGAAUGAUGAUGCUAUAGUAAUGAGAGCAAAGCAGGGCACCAUGAAGCAAGAAAAUGCCAGUUAUCGCUUUGACAAUGUGUAUGGAAAUGAAGCUGACUAUGAAAACGUUACAGAGAACGAAGAUAUUUACUGUAACGAGGAGUUCCAUAAAGCCCUGAGAAAAUAAAGAAGCAGUUUACUUCUUUUUCCUAUUAAUGUGCCCAUCUUUAUUUGUAAUCUUGAGCUUUUUGUUUUUUUCCUUCUCUGGUAAUUUUGUGAUCCAGAAUAUUAUUGCUUAAACUAAUGUUUGUUUUAAUUGUUUCACAUAAGGCACCAUCAUGGUUUGGUUUUAUUAAAACACAUGUGCUAUUUUUCCACUUUUGAGAUCAUAGA